AACAAGCUAGGCGCAACACGUUUGGGCUGCUGUGUAACCAGUGCUAUGGCCGUGGAGGAUAAAAAGCCAGACCAAGGCGGGGUGAAGGCGUGACGGGUUCAGACCACAUCGCUCACAUUCCACCAGCUUGACUCUAACACUUCUCACCUUCAGGAUACGACUCUGCGCGUUGACCCCUUCACUUUGACUGCAUCGACAACGACGGCACGAAUCUAAGACCCUCUCCUAUCAAACUCCACUACCGCCAUGGCAAAGUCUCGUGAAGAGCUCAACAACCUCGCUCGCCAGCUCAAAUCCCUUCAUGUCCCUGGCCAGCCUCUGAUCCUGACAAACGUCUACGAUGCCUGCACUGCCUCGGUGGUAGCCGGCCUCCCCUCGACCAAGGCCGUGGCAAGCGCCUCUUUCGCGAUCGCAGCCAGUAUCGGCAUCGAGGAUGAGAACACCAUGUCCCUCAACGACAAUCUCGCUGGAGUCCGCAGGGUGGCUGCGGGGCUCCGCAACGCCGGCAAGGCCGAUGCACUGCCAUUGACGGCGGAUCUGCAGGACGGGUACGCCGACCCGGGAGAAUCGGUCAGACGGGCCAUCGAGAUCGGAGUGGUCGGCGCCAACAUCGAAGACGUCGAUAACAGCUCCCAGCCAGCGAAACUGAGACCCCUCGACGAAGCAAAGAGCCGCAUCGAGGCCGCCGUCCGCGCCGCCAGGGAGGCAGGGGUCCCCGAUUUCGUGGUGAACGCGCGAACGGACGUCCUGGGGUUCGACGGCACGAUUGACGACGUGGUGGAGCGCGGGCGCGCAUAUCUAGACGCGGGGGCUACCACCGUGUUUGUUUGGGGCGUGAGGAAGAAGGUCAUCACCGAACAGGAGGUGAAGGACAUGGCUACCAGGCUCGACGGCAAACUGGCCGUGCUUGCACAGGGCUGUACCGUCGAAACCCUGAAGCAGGCGGGCGUGAGCCGCAUCUCCGUGGGGCCUACGCUGUUGUUGAGAGCGCUCAAGUUUAUACAGAACGAAGCUACGGCUAUUCUGGAGGCGAAGGAGUGGUCUAUGUGAGACCCGAGGCCUCAAAAAGUGAGAGUCUGUAAGAAAGGAGGCGUGAUCAUGUCGGAUUCAUGAGGGUAUCCUUUUUACCUUACUUCCUCAGGCACAAUAUACCCACUGGUUUUGGACGA